CUGAUCCUGAGAGACAUUGCGGCCGAAGUUACCGAUAAGCCGCGGCGCUAGGUUGAAAGAGCGAUGGCGCGAGGAUCGCAGCAUCCUUCCACUCCGACAAUACCGAGAGCAAGCGCCGAUCACAGCCGGAGCUUCUCACAUAAAGUGUAAACAGUCCACGAUACCUUUACAAGUCGCAUCAAGGAGUUGGGCAUUUCUCUGACCCAAACACCCCAAAAACUGUCAGAUCGAACCAAGUCAUGGGUCAACUCGAGAUCGUCCCUCUCAAUUUCAGCUCCCAGCCUACUGCUAGUAAAUCCAACACUUCAGUCCAUCUCCAAUCGUCCGAAGGCGGGUACAACUUCAGCUUUGAAGCUCUAAGACCUGGCUUGUUCCGCACAACGUUCACUUCCCCUAAGCAUUUACUUCCUCCCCAUCGAGCCGCCGCACUCCCAUCAAGGAAUCUGCAACAGGCCAGUGUAAAGCAUGAAGACUCUGCUUCAACCAGAAAGUCUUUCCAGAUAGAAAAUGUCAAAGCAACCGUCGACUGGACGACUGGACCGCCCCUCUUGUCUCUUGGUUUUGCGGGUCAAGACGCUCCGAUCCAUUCCGAUCUCCCACAUCGCGCAUAUGUAGCGGAUGGCACUGGAAUAGCUCACUACACCCGAUACAAUCAGAAUACGCUACAUGUCGGUCUUGGAGAGAAGGCGGCGCCAUUUGAUCUGUCCAACCGACAUUUUGUACUGUCGGCAACCGACAGUUUUGGCUACGACGUUUACCGUACAGAUCCGCUGUACAAGCACAUUCCUCUUCUGAUCAACGCAACACCUAAAGGCUGUGUCGGAGUCUUCUCUUCAUCUCAUGCUCGAGGUUUCUACUCCGUAGGAUCUGAAAUGGACGGCAUGUGGGGUCGAUUCAAGGUCUACCGUCAGGAGCACGGCGGCCUCGAGGAAUACAUCAUCAUGGGCGCGACCAUUCCGGACGUGGUACGCAUCUACGCAGACCUAGUGGGAUAUCCAUUACUAGUACCGCGCUGGGCAUUCGGAUACCUGGCUGGAGGCAUGAAGUACAGCAUGCUGGACGAGCCGCGUGCGUCAGAAGCACUCAUGGAGUUUGCGGGCAAAAUGAAGAAGCAUGAAAUUCCCUGCAGUGGCUUUCAAAUGAGCUCCGGCUACACUGUUGCAGAGACAGAACCAAAAACUCGCAACGUCUUUACCUGGAAUAAACACCGCUUCCCCGAUCCAAAGGGCUUCAUGGACGCCUUCCAUAAGGAGGGUAUACGCUUGAUCGCCAAUGUUAAGCCGUAUGUAUUAGCCAAUCAUCCAGCAUAUGAGGGACUCAAGGCAGCUGGUGCCUUCUUCACGGAUCCUGUUCGUGACGACUCCGCUGAAGCACGACUCUGGAGUGCGGGUGGUGGUGAGAGCGGUGUAGGUGGUCACUUGGACUUUACCUCGAAAGCGGGUUACAAGUGGUGGUAUGAUGGCAUCCGCGAUCUCAAAAAAGUCGGUAUUGAUUGUAUCUGGAACGACAAUAACGAGUACACAAUUCCCAAUGACACAUGGAAGUGCGCUCUGACUGAAGAAUCCGUGAAUCAGGACGGAACGGACAGCUAUGGCGAUGAGGUUGGCUUCUGGGGACGAUCAUUGAACACUGAACUGAUGGGCAAGAGCUCAUACGAAGCCACAUUGGAUGCCGAACCUAAACAAAGACCAUUCAUCCUGACUCGCAGCGCUACCGCUGGAACCCUCAGGUACUGCGCAAGCGCCUGGAGUGGUGAUAACGUCACCAGCUGGGACGGCAUGAAAGGUGCCAACGCUCUGUCUCUCGGUGCAGGUCUGAGUCUGAUGCAGUGCUACGGCCACGACAUCGGUGGUUUUGAAGGGCCACAGCCGUCGCCGGAACUGCUCGUGCGCUGGUGUCAGCAAGGUAUCUACUCCCCACGUUUUGCAAUCAACUGCUUCAAGACAUCACCCGAAAACAACAGUCUCGGCGACGUUAUUGAACCUUGGAUGUACGAGGAGACUACGGCGCUCGUCCGUGACAUCAUCAAAAGGCGGUAUGAGCUCAUCCCCUAUCUGUACUCCCUUGCUCUUGACAGCCACAUGACCGCGACCCCGCCACAACGCUGGGUGGGCUGGGGCUAUUCCCAAGAUCCUGAGAUCUGGACCAACAAAACCCUUAAGGACGGCGAGACUCAGUACUGGCUGGGCUCUUCGCUCCUCGUCGGCGGUGUCUUCGAACCCGGCGUCUCAAGUGCCAAAAUGUACCUGCCCAAAGACCCUUCAGACCCCAGCCUGCAGUUCCUCGACCUCAACAAUGCGCCACAGACAUACUACACCGCCGGUCAGUGGAUCGAAGUCUCCGCAAAGUGGGAUGAGAGCAUCCCCGUUCUUUCCAAAGUUGGUAGCGCAAUUCCUGUUGGCCGUGCAGAGCAAACUCUCGCGGUCGGCGAUACAUCUAACCCCGCCAACCUGCCGGCCGACGACUACCGCGGCGUUGAAGUGUUCCCGCCCCAGGGCUCGUCGAACGGUCGAGUAUUCAGCACUACAUGGUACGAAGACGAUGGCGUCAGUCCACCGCCGGCGAGUAUCUCUGCGUUCGAGCUGAAAUACUCGACAACAGAGGAUGUGGUGGAGGUAGAGUUGGUGAAGGCGCUGCAGCCGGGUUUCAAGCCAGCGUGGGAGGAUGUGGUGGUCAUUCUGCCCGAUGGGGAUAACAGAAGUGUCAGUCUGAAUGGGAAGGCGGUUCAGAAAGUGAAGACGGAUGGAAAGGGGCGGGCGCAUUUUGGACGCAUGAGUAAGUAGACGCAGGUGGGAUGUAGAUGGUGCGAAUUGAGCACUUGCCUUACAGAUAUGGUGUGCAGCACGCGCGUGGUGGAACGCGUCUUAUUAAGGACAUCUUUGCCAAUGUUAAUUUACUCUUCGGUAUCCUGUCGUU